UGCUUCUACUCUCCUUUUGGUUUCAGCCGGAGUGGGGGAAGUAGUGUGACUGGCGUCUGAAGCGGUUACAAGAAUAUUAUCCCGAUCAUAGAGCAUCGUUAUCGAUGGCUCUUCAUCUCACUUUUUUAUGUGCCAAAGCUUUCUUCUGUUGUCAGUCACCUGAGAAAAACACAACCAGCAUGGACUCUUCACUGACUGCUGCACAGAUCCGUGAGAAGUUCAUCGACUUCUUUCGCCACCAUGAGCACCAGUACGUCCACUCGUCGGCCACCGUUCCGCUUGAUGACCCCACUCUGCUCUUCGCCAAUGCCGGGAUGAACCAGUUCAAGCCCAUCUUCCUGAACACCAUCGACCCAUCCCACCCUAUGGCCAGACUUCGUCGUGCUGCAAACACACAGAAGUGCAUUCGUGCCGGCGGCAAACACAAUGACCUUGAUGAUGUGGGCAAAGACGUGUACCAUCAUACAUUCUUCGAGAUGUUGGGAUCUUGGUCCUUUGGAGAUUAUUUUAAACACCUGGCCUGCGAGAUGGCACUGGAGCUGCUGACGAAAGAGUUUGGUAUACCUAUUGGUAGACUCUAUGUGACUUACUUUGGUGGUCAUGCUGACGCAGGCCUGGAGCCUGACCUGGAGUGCAAGCAGAUCUGGCUGGACUUGGGAAUGGAGGAGAGUCGUAUUCUGCCGGGGAGCAUGAAAGAUAAUUUCUGGGAGAUGGGGGACACCGGUCCAUGUGGACCCUGCAGCGAGAUCCACUAUGAUCGCAUUGGAGGCAGAGAUGCCGCCCACCUGGUCAACAUGGAUGACCCGAAUGUGCUUGAAAUCUGGAACCUUGUGUUCAUCCAGUUUAACAGAGAAUCAGAGACAGUUCUAAAGCCUCUGCCCAAGAAGAGCAUUGACACAGGGAUGGGACUGGAGCGCUUGGUCUCUGUACUACAAAACAAGAUGUCCAACUACGACACAGAUCUGUUCAUCCCUUAUUUUGAAGCCAUUCAGAAGGGAACAGGUGCCAGGGCAUACACAGGAAAAGUUGGUGCAGAAGACACAGAUGGUAUUGACAUGGCAUACCGUGUCCUGGCUGAUCACGCCCGCACCAUUACCAUUGCCUUGUCUGAUGGCGGCAGGCCUGACAACACGGGCAGGGGCUAUGUGCUGAGGAGGAUUCUGCGUCGUGCUGUGCGAUACUCUCACGAGAAGCUGGGUGCACAGAAGGGCUUCUUUGCCUCUUUGGUAGAUGUGGUGGUUGAGUCUCUGGGUGAUGCUUUUCCAGAGCUGCGGAAGGAUCCUGAUAUGGUAAAGGACAUCAUCAAUGAGGAGGAGGCACAGUUCCUUAAGACCCUUAGCAGGGGACGCCGCAUCCUGGACCGCAAAAUCCAGAGUCUUGGAGACAGCAACACUAUACCAGGUGACACAGCCUGGCUGCUGUAUGACACUUAUGGUUUUCCUCUGGACCUCACUGCCCUGAUCGCUGAGGAACGAGGAAUGGGAGUGGACAUACAGGCCUUUGAGGAUGAGAAGAAAGCUGCUCAGUUGAAGUCUCAGGGCAAAGGCUCUGGGGACGAGGACCACAUCAUGCUGGACAUCUACGCCAUUGAAGAGCUCAGAAACAAAGGUGUCACUGCCACUGAUGACAGCCUCAAGUACAAGUACACUUCAAAUGAGAACGGCAACUAUGAGUUUGAACAGGCAGUGGGCACAGUGCUGGCUCUCAGGAGGGAGCGUGCAUUUGUUGAUGAGGCGACCACAGGUCAAGAGUGUGGAGUGCUGCUCGACAAAACCUCUUUCUACGCCGAGCAGGGUGGCCAGAGCUUUGAUGAAGGCUACAUGCUCCGAGAAAACGACUCUGCUGAGGAUAGGAUGGAGUUCACCGUGAAGAAUACUCAGGUGCGCGGAGGGUACGUGCUGCAUAUUGGUACAGUAUACGGCACACUGAAGGUUGGAGACCGCCUAACUCUACACGUAGACGAGGCUCGUCGUAGGCCCAUCAUGAGUAACCAUACCGCCACGCACAUCCUUAACUUUGCCUUGCGCUCAGUGCUGGGAGAGGCAGAUCAGCGAGGCUCUUUGGUUGCUCCAGACAGAUUGCGCUUUGACUUCACAGCUAAAGGAGCCAUGAGCACAGAUGAAGUGCGGCGCACAGAAGAGAUCGCCUCAACCGUGAUUCGUGAUGCCAAGCCGGUUUACGCCCUGGAUUCCCCUCUUGCAGCAGCUAAAGCCAUCCAAGGUCUGCGGGCAGUGUUUGAUGAGACGUACCCUGAUCCUGUUAGAGUGGUGUCUAUUGGCAUCCCAGUGGAGGAGCUGCUGGCUGAUCCAAACAGCCCUGCAGGCUCACUCGCCUCCAUCGAGUUCUGCGGCGGAACGCACUUGCAGAACUCUGGUCAUGCCGCACCAUUUGUGAUCGUAUCAGAGGAGGCCAUCGCUAAAGGGAUCAGGAGGAUUGUGGCAGUGACUGGAGCAGAGGCUCAGAAGGCCCAGAGGAAAGCUGAUGCACUGAAGCAGGAACUAGAUGCCAUGGCAGAGAAAGUGAAAGCUCAGACCUCCCCUAAUAAAGAUAUUCAGAAGGAGAUUGCUGAUAUGACAGAGGCCCUGGGCACUGCAGUCACCUCUCAGUGGCGGAAGGAUGAAAUGAGGGAUUCCCUGAAAGGUCUUAAGAAGAUCAUGGAUGACCUGGACCGUGCCAGCAAGGCUGAUGUACAGAAGAGGGUCCUGGAAAAGACAAAGGAGAUCAUCGAAACAAACCCAAACCAACCUCUGAUUGUGAUGGAGAUGGAGAAUGGGGCAUCUGCAAAGGCUUUGAAUGAGUCUCUGAAGCUGCUGAAGACAAAUUCACCACAGACUGCUGCUAUGCUUUUUGCUGUGGACAACGAUGCGGGGAAAAUUAUCUGCUUGUGCCAAGUGCCUCAGGAUGUUGCAAACCAAGGCCUGAAGGCCUUCGAGUGGGUUCAGGAAGUGUGCCCUCUGCUGGACGGAAAAGGAGGUGGUAAAGACAUGUCUGCCCAGGCCACGGGUAGAAACACACACUGCAUACAGGAGGCUCUACAGCUGGCCAAUGAGUUUGCCCGCCUCAAACUGGGUGAAAAUGAAGGAAAGAGAGAGAUAGCAUUGUAGGUGAGAUUUAUCUGGAUAGAGGUCCUUAGUUUGGUCUUAACCUUCUUCCUGUCCUGUUCUAGCUCUGCUUGCUAAAUUUUCAAACUGGACAUUCCAGGGCAGAAAAUGUAAAAACUGUACAGAAAUGUCAUUUGUCAAUUAUGAAUAGGAAGGGAAAUAUACAGUGCCCGCUCUUGGUAAACUUGGGCAUUGCAUAUGUGUUAACUGAUCCAUCAAACCGUCCUGACUCUCUCUGAUGCAAAGCACAUGGGCUGUGCAUGCUUUCUGAUUGGAUUAUUACAUGUAGAUUCACAGUUAAAUGUUCUGCUAGCUAAAAUCACCCUCAUGGUCAUUGUUAUCAUUAGGAGCAUAUGAUGAGGAAGAAAAUUGUCAUUAUCACGCUAUUUGAAAGUGUCUUUUUAUCCUAAGAGUUUCCAUUACAUUUGUAGAAUUGUUGGUCUGUCUCUUUUCAUUCAAAAUUCAUUCAAAAAUUCAUGUCAACACUGUUAACCUUUAACUAGCUCUUCUAGCAUCUUUUUUGGGGGAAACUAGCCAUUAAUCACCUGUCACAUGAAAUCUAUCACUUGAUAAUGGUAAUAAAAAAUGGUUUCAAAUGCAUAAAUGACUUUUCAUUGUUGUGUGGAGUCGUGUAUGUUUGAGCAUGUGUAUAAUUGUUAACUGAAUACACUAUCUGGUGAUUUUUGUCAGCUCUAACUACACGAAUCAAUCAAAUUCAGGUUAACUAUAGAGAUCCAUAACUGUCAUGGUACUAUUAUUACAUUCUUGCUUACAGGUGCACAACCAUGUGAACAUAUUUUGAAUCACUAUAACAUUCUUAUUAUACGAUACAUUCUGAACUCUUUUAAACCUUUUCAUUUAAAACGAUAUGCUUGUUGCAAUUUCUAUAAAUGGGUGUGACAGACUUUCAGACAUAUGCUCCAGUCACAAACACAUAAUUAUAACUUUACACAAUGACUAGAGGACAAAAAGGAUGGAAAUAAAGAGCUACAAUGAGUCAUUGCUUAAUCAACUUAAAGUUUAGCUACCUUUUAAAAUUUUGAUUAUCAGGAUGGAAAGUUUUAAACUUAUAUCACAAAACAUCACAGAAUUCAACAUGUUUAUGCUGUUUUUUAAGUGAUAUAAAAGUACUGGAUGGAAAGUGAUAUUGAGGGCAUCAAACUUUUUAAACAUUUUUUUAAUGCCACUGUUUCCACAUUAGAAGCUGCAAAGCACGUAAACCAUAGUUGUAAAAAUGUAUCCAUUUGUUCAUAUACUGAUAAAAGAACAUAACUUUAAUAAAAUCCUAAAUUCAAUACUGAAGUUGUAAUGAAAAUGUACUGCAUCAAAUA